AUGAACCAUCUACAUGGUUUUUCACUACAGUUUAGUGAUGAGUUUAAUAGGGAUGAGCAAAAGGAUCGAACCGGCCCCGACCCGGGAACCGGCUUCGGCCAAAAUCAAGAACCGAACCGGCCCGACGGUUCUACCAGUUCCGGUCUCGGGUCCGGAGCGUUUACCCCUCACAAUGAUUAUUACACGCAAAUUGCAAAAGUAGGCUGCUAUUUUGGUUACUGCUGUGCAAAUGGUGACUCAAUUAAGAAGCGAAAAGACUCGAAUUUAGAUCUCCAGGAGAAAAUUACCUUUCUGACCCUUGUGCUUUACACUUCAUAUCAAAACUACCUUCAUAGUUGGAAAAAGCAUCAGAUGUGUUAUGCAGAUAAAGAUUCAAAAGAGAGGACCCAGAUGAGGUUUUAA